AUGUCCGUGCGCUACUCCCUGGGAGUGGAGAUGCCAGAAGCUGCACGCGUUGGCCCCGCCAACGUCCAUCCAAGCUCCAACACGUGCUGUCGCGAGAAAGAGUGGUAUGUGAUAGCUAGCUUUGCUUGGAUUUUGGUCGUCUUGGAAAAAGAGGCUAGGCACUCCCGCGCCAAGCCGCAGGCCGUCGCCGGCAACCGUCCUUGCCAGCACCACCGUCCGGAAGAUCCUCCAGCAGGCGCGCGCGGACCACCCAACCACUCGCCAACCACCGACCGCUCAUCCGGGCCAUCGCGCCCCACCCACACGCCGCCUCCCGCGAAAUAUGGCAGCCGCUGCCACAGUGCAUGA